CAAAGAAAGGAAUAUGAUUUAAUUUUAUUUCUGGAGUACAUACAAAUGGGAACUCUCUCCACGUUCAUCAAACAACAUACACAUCUCAAUGAAUAUGUGACAAGACAGUUUACCAUUCAAAUUCUUGAAGGCGUGAAAUAUUUGCAUGAAAAUAACAUCUUGCAUUUGGACAUCAAAGGUAGCAACAUUUUAAUGGUUGACGAGUCAAACAUCAAACUAACUGACUUCGGUCUCUCAACGAUAUUUUGUGAGGAAGAAGGUGUUGAAGCAGAAAGGGGCACAACUCGAUUCAUGGCACCAGAGAUGAUUAACUGCCCUGAUGGGAGAAUAUUUAAGAACGCUUGUAGCCUGGAUAUAUGGAGCGUAGGCAGUACUGUUGUAGAGAUGAUAACUGGAUCACCUCCAAACUCAACAACAACAUCAGUCAGGGUCCUGUUUAAAAUGGCUACUCUACAGAAACCGAAAUAUCAACUACCCGCAAAUGCGUCAAAACAUCUGAAAGAUUUUCUUGAAAAGACUUUUAAACCAGAGCCAGAAAAAAGACCAUCUGCUGAAACUUUGCUGAAAGAAGACCCUUUUAUAACUGGUUAAGUGUUA